AUGGCUUCAAUUUCUGGAGUGGAAUACGAUAGCAAGGUGGCUUUCCCGGAGAAGCCCGUCAGUGAUGAAGAGCAGCUGGCUGCUCUGGGCCAUGUGCAGGAACUUCGUCGAGAGUUCUCACUAUGGUCUAUUGUUUGUCUUCAAAUCUCGCUGAUGGCGACUUGGGAGGCUCUCUCAUCAGUAGUCUCGACGGCGCUGACGAAUGGCGGAGCUCCUUGUCUAUUCUAUAAUUAUCUGAUUGCCUUGAUUGGCACCAUCUUUAUUGUUCUCUCACUGGGGGAAAUUGCUUCCAUCUAUCCUACUGCAGGAGGACAAUAUCACUGGGUCCACUGUCUCUCGCCCGCCCCAUACCGAGCCACCGCAUCGUGGUUUACUGGCUGGAUCUCUAUCGGCGGACAACUCGUUCUCGCCGCCUCAGCGGCUUUUGCAGCUGGGUUACAGCUUCAAGCUUUGAUCACACUUAAUAAUCUCGACAUAUAUGUUCCAGCAAGAUGGCAGGGAAUGCUCUUUUACUGGUUGAUCUUGGCUUAUUCGACCGCGGUCAAUAUUUUCGGAUCCAGAAUUCUACCUCACACGAACACUGUUGCAGGGGUAUUACAUGUUAUAGGAUUUAUCGCGAUUGUUUGUGUUCUCGGUUCAAUGUCAUCGAAGCACUCCGCCGAAUAUGUCUUCGCCGAAUUCUCUAAUACAAGUGGCUGGAGGAACGAUGGAGUCUCUUGGUUGGUUGGACUACUGAGUGCAGUCUAUCCAUUUCUGGGAUAUGACGCUGCCUGUCAUCUCAGCGAAGAAUUACCCAAGCCAUCCCGAAAUGUGCCCCUUGCUAUGGUCGGCAGUGUUGCAAUCAACGGUCUCAUCGGACUCGUCUAUGUGAUCGUUCUCUUGUUCUCUCUGGGAAACCUCCAGGAUCUGCUCGAUUCAAAAACCGGCUUCCCAUUCAUGCAACUGUUCUUGAACGUGACCGGAUCACCAGCUGGAGCAUCUGUGAUGGCUCUCUGUGUUACUCUAAUCGCAUUAGCCGCUAAUGCUGCCGGCACAACCUCAACUAGUCGGACAGCCUGGGCCUUUGCACGAGAUAAUGGACUGCCAGCAUCCGAAUUCUUUUCAGUCGUGAACCCAACUCUGAAAGUGCCUGUACGCAUGGUACUAGCUGUUGGAUUCCUGCAAAUGCUUCUAGGAUUGAUCUACUUGGGAAGCUCGACUGCUUUCAACGCUGUCUUGUCAAUGGCUAUCCUGGGCAUGUAUGCCUCAUACUUUUCUCCCAUUGCUUUCAUGCUAUUCUAUGGGCGCCGGACAUCCUCUCCGGUUGUUCGAGGGGUGGAAUCAGGGAUGUUUAAUCUUGGUCCAAGGUGGGGACCGAUUGUGAAUAUCAUUGCGUUGCUCUGGUUGACCCUCGCAAUGGUAUUCAGCACCUUCCCUACUGUCGAGCCCGUCACUCCUAACAACAUGAAUUACUGUGUUGUUGUGACUAUGGGUUGGGUUUUCAUUGGUGCUGUAUAUUAUUAUGCCUUUCGUGGGAAGAAGCGCUUCACAGGCCCGGUGGUGGAGCUAGCCGAUGACAUUUGA